ACUUCAUAACCAUUUGUUGGUUUUAUUUUUAAAAGUGUCGCACUCCAGUCCCCAAAAUCUAGCCCCUCUCAUCGGCUUUCGGCGCAAUUUGGAGGGCGUAAUAAAAACAAAAUGAAAUCAAGGCGAGUGCACCCUUUUGAAAAGUGCCCGAAAUGUUUUCAUUUAUUUUUGGAUGCCCCCCUAGGACUAUUCUCCCCUUUUGUCUUUCGGCGGGGCCAAUCACCGCGAGGGGAUUAGAUGCUCUUUGGGCGUGUGGCACCACAAGAUCUUUGUCAUUGAACUUGAAAAAGUGCCGAGGAGACGAGAAAACGUGAUUAUACCCUUUCAACGCAUUUUGGGCAAUCCGACAUGAAUAACCCGAAUGUGUGUUUUCCGAAAAUAAAU